CCGGUCUGCGAUUACACUUGGUCGCAGAUUGGUGUUGUGUUUUGGCGUGUCAAGUUUUUGGCGCCUGCACGGCCAUUGUGGUCAGAAAACCAAAACCACUCGCCGGAAUCCUCUGCCCUCGCCAGAAAACCGCGCAAAACCCACCUUUUUUCGAUUUUUUCGGCCACUUUGGGUAAUUUUUUCACCAAACCAACUACAAACCCACUCUUUCUACACCCAAAGCGGCCUAUCCCUCGAUUUUGAGCGAGUUUGGGCGACGUUUUAGUCGCCGGAGGAGAAUUCCGGCGAGACUCCGGCGAGACUCCGACGAGCAUUUCCGGCCAGUUUUUCGGCGUUUCGUCACUUCCAUUGUCUUCCCCUCAUCAUUCCCUACACCUCUACUUGAGUCUCCAGGUUUGAUUUUACCCCUAACUAUGUUAAUUGUGGAGAAUUGAGUGUGUAGGGUGUAUGUUUAGAGAACCUUAUUGAAUCAUGUGAAUCUUAUGAAAUUGAUUGAGGGGAAUGCAUGGGAUGUGAUUGAAUUAUGUUGGGCAAAGUCCCCUUUGAUUGUUUAAGCCCUUGUGUGCAAGAAUUUGGCCAAUUUCAUGUUUAACUUAGUAGUGCACACAAGGUGUUCGCUGAAAUGCCUGUUUUCCAUGCUCGGUUGUGGCCACCGGUUGGGGCCCUUAAUGAUGUAGUUUGAGGGUGUAUUUGCUAUGGAUGUGAACUUUGAGUUGCCUAUUUUCUUGUGAAUGUGCACCCCCACCCUGAUUCUGCUUGAUUUAUCGAGAUUUUGACCCCCGAACUAUGGAUGAAACCAUGGCUAGGCUGUUUUCUGUUCUUAAGUGUGGGGGUGCGCUUGACCUUUUUCUUUGGCUCUUUUGGGUUCCACUUUGGGUUGUUGUUUUGCAGGGCAAUGGCGAAACCUAAUUUCCAGCACCCGUUCAUCCGGGAUCUGAGGAGGGGACCCACCGCAGAGCGCUUCAAGGAGGUCGCGGAAACCCCGUUUGGGUCACACCAUUGCUGGUCCAAACGGGAGUUUCGGCGAUUGCACUGCUACGAGCAGCUCUCCGCCGCGGUCGCCAACACCGCCUGGCGCCGUCUGCUCCAGCUCUGCGAGAAGGUCUACUACGAGCCGGUGUGGGAGUUCUACACGACCUUCAAGCACAAUACCACGGACAACUGGCAGGACGGUACGGCCGUCCAAUUCAGGCUGGGCGGGGUCCCCCGGUCCUUGAGCUACCACGAGCUGGCCGAGGCUCUCGACCUCGACCUCGACGACCGUGAGGACUACGUCACCGAGGUGAAUGAGCCACCGGCGGUGGACUUCGGGAGGCUGUACACCAGCCUGGCUCGGCCAGGCCAGACGCGUCCCUUCCGGUCAGGGAGGACGAAGGCCUCUACCCUGCAGAUCGACAACCGACUUCUCCACCACCUGCUGACGAAGUCUUACACUCCUGCAGCUGACAGCGCCGGCGCCAUCACGAAGAGGUCCCUGUACUUCCUCCAUUCGAUCCGCCAGCGCCGCCAUCCUCUCCACCUGGGUUCAGUGGUGGCCAAGACCUUCGAGAAGACGGCCACAGAGCUGAAGAGCCUCCACUGCGCCCCCCUCAUCACCCGCCUGGCCACCUUCUUUGGCCUUUCACUGCAGGGGUGCACCGAGGAGGGGGACACCCUCAUCUUUGGCCGCACGACGAUCAGGAAGAUGCUGCUGUUGCGGGAGAGGAACGGUGUUCAAUGGGUCGAUGGGUUUCCGGAGCCUCCGAUCCCCGCGGAGCCCGUACCAGAGGAGGAGGAGGCUGCCGAUGAGGUGGAUCCCGAGGAGGUGGAUGCCGCUGCUGAUGCUGCUGAUAAUCCCCCACAGACUGACUUCCAUUUCGGGGGUAGCAGCUCCGCUUUCCAGGGCCAGGAUUACUUCGCCCAGCAGUUCGAGCAGCUGAGGAUCCAGAACCAGCUGCUCCUCGAUCACCAGAUGCAGUUCCAUCAGCAGUAUGCGGCCGACCAGGCCGAGUACCGGACCAGGAUGGACACGAUCCAGACUCAGCAGGGCGUGACUCUUGCCCACAUCGAGCGGGAGAUUUAUCCGAAAUGCCAUUUUCUUUCGAUUCUGGAGUCUACAGAUCACGGAAUCAGGCCGAGGCUAUUCUCCACCGAUAAUGAAGUUUAUUCAUCCUAUUCUCCACGGAUGAUAAGUCCGUUAAGCAUCGAUUUGGGCCAAUUUAUUUUCGGACGACAUUUUCGUACUUUCUUGGGCAAAGAAAGGCCAUUUUCUUUGGAUAUUGAAGGCUACAUAUCACGGAAUCGGUCUGAGGCUAUUCUCCAACGAUGAUUGAGUCCAUUAAUCACCGAUUUGGGCGGAUUUAUUCCGGGUCAAUUUUGGCAGAUUCCAAAGGGGUACCAUCACAGAUUUCGGGCGAUUUAUCCGAAAUGCCAUUUUCUUUCGAUUUUCUGGAGUCUCCAGAUCACGGAAUCCGGCCGAGGCUAUUCUCCACCGAUAAUGAAGUCAAUUGAUCCUAUUCUCCACGGAUGAUAAAUCCGUUAAGCAUCGAUUUGGACCAAUUUCUUUUCGGAUGGCAUUUUCGUAAUUUCUUAGGCGACGAAAGGCCAUUUCUUUGGAUAUUGAAGGCUACAGAUCACGGAUUCGGCCUGAGGCUAUUCUCCAAUGCUGAUUGAGUCGAUUAAGCCCGGAUUUGGGCGGAUUUAUUCCGGGUCAAUUUUCGGCAGAUUCCGAAGGGGUACCAUCACAGAUUUCGGGCGAUUUAUUCGAAAUGCCAUUUUCUUUCGAUUCUGGAGGCUAUAGAUCAAGGAAUCUGGACGAGGCUAUUCUCCACCGAUAAUGAAGUCUAUUGAUCCUAUUCUCCACGGAUGAUAAGUCUGUUAAGCAUCGAUUUGGGCCAAUGUAUUUUCGGAUGGCAUUUUCGUAAUUUCUUGGGCGACCAAAGGCCAUUUUCUUUGGAUAUUGAAGGCUACAGAUCAUGGAUUCGGCCUGAGGCUAUUCUCCAACGAUGAUUGAGUCGAUUAAGCACGGAUUUGGCAGGAUUUAUUCCGGGUCAAUUUUUGGCAGAUUCCUAAGGGGUACCAUCACAGAUUACAAGGGAUUUAUCCGAAAUGCCAUUUUUUUCGAUUCUGGAGGCUAUAGAUCACGGAAUUUGGUCGAGGCUAUUCUCCACCGAUAAUGAAGUCUAUUGAUCCUAUUCUCCAUGGAUGAUAAGUUCGUUAAGCAUCGAUUUGGGUCAAGUUAUUUUCGGAUGGCAUUUUCGUAAUUUCUUGGACGACGAAAGGCAAUUUUCUUUGGAUAUUGAAGGCUACAGAUCACGGAUUCAGCCUGAGGCUAUUCUCCAACGAUGAUUGAGUCCAUUAAGCACCGAUAUUGGCGGAUUUAUUCCGGGUCAAUUUUUGGCAGAUUCCAAAGGGGUACCAUCACAGAUUUUGGGCGAUUUAUCCGAAAUGCCAUUUUCUUUUGAUUCUGGAGUCUACAGAUCACGGAAUCAGGCCGAGGCUAUUCUCCACCGAUGAUGAAGUCUAUUGAUCCUAUUCUCCACGGAUGAUAAGUCCGUUAAGCAUCGAUUUGGGCCAAUUUAUUUUCGGAUGGCAUUUUCGUACUUUCUUGGGCUACGAAAGGCCAUUUUCUUUGGAUAUUGAAGGCUACAGAUCACGGAUUCGGCCUGAGGCUAUUCUCCAACACUGAUUGAGUCGAUUAAGCACGGAUUUGGGCGGAUUUAUUCCGGGUCAAUUUUGUCAGAUUCCAAAGGGGUACCAUCACAGAUUUCGGGCGAUUUAUUCAAAAUGCCAUUUUCUUUCAAUUCUGGAGGCUAUAGAUCACCGAAUCUGGCCGAGGCUAUUCUCCACUGAUAAUGAAGUCUAUUGAUCCUAUUCGCCAUGGAUGAUAAGUCCGUUAAGCAUCGAUUUGGGUCAAUUUAUUUUCGGAUGGCAUUUUCGUAAUUUCUUGGACGACGAAAGGCCAUUUUCUUUGGAUAUUGAAGGCUACAGAUCACGGAUUCAGCCUGAGGCUAUUCUCCAACGAUGAUUGAGUCCAUUAAGCACCGAUUUUUGCGGAUUUAUUCCGGGUCAAUUUUGGUAGAUUUCAAACGGGUACCAUCACAGAUUUCUUGCGAUUUAUCCGAAAUGCCAUUUUCUUUAGAUUCUGGAGACUAUAGAUCACGGAAUUAGGCCGAGGCUAUUCUCCACCGAUAAUGAAGUCUAUUGAUCCUA